AUGCCCAACCCUAUUAAUGGACGCCAAGGACUGCUCGUCUGUGCUCGACUACUGCGUCCAUUCGUCAGCAGUCUCAGCAACGUCGCAUCUCCUCCCUCCUCUCCAAUUGGCCUCAGAGACCAUCACAUCAACCACGUGUUUGGUGCCUACGAGGAGGUUCUUUCAAUCAGGAUUCACUAUCUUCGGCAGGGCCUAGGAGCCAAAAAUCUCCUCCUAUUUCCCGGUCCAUUCGGUUCCAUCAGCACUGAUUACAUGGGCUUCCUACAGCGUCUAAACAGAAAUGAGUACGUUCUCUGGGACGGUUUGGUACUGGGUGUUUUGACCAAGUGAUGCAGAUAUAGACCUAGAUAGAGAUGUGGAAUGUCGCACCAGGAUGCACGAUAUAUAACUGGCUCACUAGCCGACGACUACAAUGCGUACGCUGUUGGUAGGUUUGUUUGGUAUGCGUGUGUAUUCGUACACAACAGCCAUUAUGGUGUCUACAAUGCAGGAUGCUGUGACGACGUCUUAAAAUGUAAGUCAUGUUAUUCAUGCAUGCGUGUGGUCUGGAGAGGUGCUCGGAAGUCACGUUUUAAAAUUUUGCCGGCUCGGCACAUCUGAGUGAAUUACUUCCAGGAAUUCACAGCGCAUGCUUAUUGGUAGAUGGACACCAACUAUACAGUUAGUGACCUAACUCAUGAAGUGUGUCGAAAGUUACUAAGGAAUGCCAAUAACUCGCAAACCGACACCAUUUCAUUAGUCCAAUGUCAAUGCUACUUAAGUAGAAGUUUAAAAGAAUUAAAAACAUGAAAGGAAUAGUAAAGGCAGUGUUGCGUUGUUUAGAAAUGCCAAUUUAUUUUGAAAUGCGCAAUAUCCCGAAAACGUGGGAAAUGGCUCAAAUUUACUAAACUUUGUUUUUAGAUGUAUAGAAUGUAUUCGCAUGCCAAAAGCAUAGUAAACAUGAGAGUAGACAUAAAAUAACGUCUAGUAAUAGUGUCUUAAUGAAGUUUACAUCUAAAUAUCGUUUAAUGAGUAGUGUUAUUUCAUAUAUGACGGCUGGUCAACUGCCUACAUUCUGAGUGUAGAUUCCAAAACAGUUUUCCAGUGAUUUGUGUUAUUUUUGACUCGUUUGAAAUUAAUGAGAUGGGGUUCAACAAGAGAAGCUGGAAUUUGCUUGAUUUCACCGAUUGGGUCGUCGUAGGAACAAAAGUUUUCAUAAGGUGGCAUGCCAUGAGGCCGGUCGGUGCCUAGUAAAUUUAAAGAGAUUUGAUAGGCAGGAUCGUAACCAUACCAUUUUGUGUUUAAAGGGGGAAACUUUCUUCCGUUAAAUUAAUUUAUACAUUUCCUUCGUUUUGCAUUACGUUGAGUUGCAGAUCAGCCUCGAAAUAUUGCUGAAUAUUUCAUAAUUUUCAGUGUUUUCCCCCGAUCAUCCAUAAAGACGGAUUCGGAAUUACCUGUCUGUUGAGAACUUUAAAAUAACAUUAUUCUUGAGGGCAUUUACCAAAUGAGUGAGUGUUCGGACGCUCCUUUUCACGAAUAAGGUCGUUUGGGUAACAUGUGAAUACUCAUUCAAACAUCAAACUCCAUUUUCGAGAAAAAUGUCUGUCGACAACGAAAGUCAGCAUCAUUAAGAAAACUUUCCUUAUUAAGUUACCUUUUUAAGAAGCGCUUUAUUACUGCACUCCGUUGACGGAUCUCUGUGUACUUUGCAUUUUUGCACAGAGAGGCCAAGUAAAAAUUUGACACUUUUGGCCGUUUCUUUUGCGUUCCUAGGAAAUACUAAUAUUUUUCUACCGUAGACGUAAGAACAUGCCUUUCUGUAUAGAUUGAGGCCAUUUCCACUGUUUUUGCUCGCUUUUCGUCUAAGUUCUUCGAUUAUGAAUGCACGGCAGAGCGCCCAUAUAAAUACUGAUGAAACUAUUAAUGUUUUGCUCGUUCUAUUUCUGAAUAAAGUAUGCACAGAAGCCGAACAACACGACAAGUAGUGUUUAAUAUGUUCAAAACUGGAAAUGACCGUUCGGCGGUGGUCAUUUAUGUGACAUCAGGAAGAAUUUCCCAAACGGCAAAACAAUUUCAGCCCAUUUAAACGAAGGAAUCCCUAUCUGCGUUAUUACUGUACUUUAGGGCACCCAAUCGCACAGAUCUGCUAAGUUGACAUUUAGGAAUUGAUAAAACUUCUGGUUUUCUUAAAAUAACCGUUGAGUUAGCAGGUUGAUCAUCAUCGGUUAACAUAGGAUAUAAAAUAAAUUUUCAAGUUCGGCUAAUUCUGUUUAUUAAAACUCUCCGGGUACAUUACUAUGCCUUCAAUUAAAAAGUCGCUCAGAUGCGUAACCGGUGUCUAGGACACGUAUUAGCAUAGGAAAUUGCACGCAUACAUUCCAACGUCCAUUUUCGCUAAACUUUACUGAUAUUUUAUUUGAUAUAAUUACGUAAACACAAUUUCUGCACGAGAAAGGGACAUUUCAUUGAAGGAUGUGGAUGAUCGAAGAAAAUGCUCAACGUUGAAGGCGUCCAAAAAUUCUCUCAUCAGUUUCCGUUAUCAGAUUUCAUGAGAUAGGCCACGUACUGUACGAGUGCUCUCCCAUGGGCUAGACGGCACCGUCUCCUCAUCACCGCUAACUGACGUUCAUCUAGAGGGGUUUAGACAGAUUUCCCAGUUUGGCCUCAAUAGACGGCAUCACAACUGGCACAUGGGAUCUUGCAGACAACGUCUUUUCUUUGAAAGGGAAUUAAUUUACCCUCGAGAGUUUUACUAGAGUUGUCACACUUGAAAAGUGAUUUUUUGUCCGAUUCUAGCUAUGGGAAUCAGUUUGCUGUCACACGGGUUAUUUUUAGAGAGCCAAACAUUUUAUCGAUUUUCAAAGGUCAGAUUAGCAGGUCUGUGCGUUUUCGGCCCCUAAAGUGCUUUAAUGAUGCAUAGGGGGAAUCCCUUGUUUAAAAGGGCUGACAUGUUUUGUAAAUUAGUGAACUCUAUGUUUUGACACCAAAAUGACUAUCACCGAAUAGUCAUGUUCAGUUUGGAAGAUAUGAAACAUUGCUCUUCGCACGGUCUAGUUUCUGCACAUGCGUAAUUUAGAAAUGGAACGAGAAAAACAUCAGCAACUUGUUCGUAUUUGUAUGGAUACUCUGUCGUGCAUUCAAAAUCGUAGAACGGAGCCUGAAUGUGAACAAUGGUAACAGAAGUGACCGUAUUAUCAGGCGAAUGACAUGUUCUUACGUUUGAGGUAGAUAAGCAUUAGCAUUCUUUUUUAGCAACGUGAAAUAAAUGGCCAAAUGUGCCAAUUUUUUUGGUCUCACCGUGCAUAUAAUUAAAAUGCACUAACGUCUGUCAAUGGAAUGCAUUAUUCAGGCACUCCCCAAAAGGGUAACUUAGUAGAGAAAGUGUCAUAAGUGAUCGAAAGCAUGUUCUUUGUUAACUUUUGUUGUGAACGCUCAUUUUCAUGAACGACGAGGUUUCAUGGGAAAAACGCCUAAACACUCACUACUUCGGUAAAUGCCUUCAAUAAGUAUUUUAUUUCACAGGUUUCAGUAAACACAUAGUACAGAGUCCCUCUUUAUAAUGCAAUCCAUCGAAAACACUGAAAAUCUCAAGGUAUGCAACAAUGUCUCAAAGCCUAUCUGAAAUUCAGCGUCAUCUAGAACAAACAAGACGUCCGAAUUAGUUUUACGGAAGAAAAGCCCUGGCAGCAUGUGCUCUUAUGAAAACUUUUAUUCCUAUGGCAUCCCCGUUGGCGAAAUCAAGCAAAAUCCUUUUUGUCUUUCUGGACAGCGUCUGAGUAAAUGGAAAAGUGUUUAAAAAACAACGAAUUCUCGGGAAACCCUUUCGGAAUCUAUACUCAGAAUGUCGGCUGUUGGCAACCCGCCAUACCCGACAUUACACUAAUUCUUAAAGGAUAUGUAAAUGUAAAAUUUGCUAAAACACUAUUUUAAAACGUUAUUCUUCUUGUGCUGUUUAAUUUACUCGUUUCUUGUAUGGGCAGCCAUUCGGUACAUAUAAAAAUGGAUUUUACACGAUUGCAACCAUCUUUCACUUUUUCGGAAUUUGCCGCUUUUCUAAAAAAUCUAUAUUUCUAAGCAAUCUACCAUUAUCUUUGAUUAAUAUAGACAUGGGGUCUACGCAUUGGUGUCGGUUUGGGAAUAAUUAGCAGUCUUUCGUAAAUUUCGGCACCUUGCAUCACUUGGGUCACAUAGUUUACACUAUUUUCCCCGUAAAACAUCUUGUCUUCAUCAUACACACACACAUAUGUGUAGAGUAGUCGUACUGUCUGUGAUGAACAAUCACUCCACCUCUCGAAGGCGCAAAUCCGCUUUCGUUGGCGUAGCGAUCUUGUGCCGAGUGGGUGAUCGAAUUUCGCGCCAACUACUUGGAGGCGUGACUGUUAAAUGUUGACCUUGUCAGCACCGGCGCCGGCAAACCAAGCACUGUGAGAGCGAAUCAAUAGCGCCACUGAAGGUCACUCCCGAAGGAGGAUGUGUUUGAAGUUCACCUGAGCAAAAUGCAUCCAUUUGGCCUUCGUGGUGGACACGAGGGAGAGUAUUGAAUGUCGGAGUAGUAGCAUGUUGUACUAAGCGGCUUGUCUGCCCGCUAUGCUUCUGCAAAUAUCCUACUCCACGGACUUAGCCUAUAGAUGGUUACUACAGGACAACCCCUUAGUGUCGUUUGUCCAUUCGUCUAAACUAUACACGCAGAAAUGCCUACUCACAAAGCACUACUGUCCGCCUCUGUCCGCCCUCCCCCCCCCCCUUUAGGUUUACCGCGAUUGGCUUUGAUCCGCCGGGCUGCGGUUUCAGCACUCCCCCCGCACGCGAUUGGAGUGAUCCGGGGAUCCUGCUGCAAGAUGCCCGAGUUGGCGUGAAUUUGAUGCAUCAACUGGGUCAUCUGCCCUUCUCCUGCGUGGGCUGGUCAGAGGGCGCCCAGUCGGCCAUCCGGGCAGCAUCGGAGUUAAAUUUUGACGGUCAGUCACAUUUUGAGUGGCUCAUUCUGCUGCUGGCGCAUCUGCUUAUUUGUUGUUCUAGAAUGCGCAUAUUGUGGACGCUGACAGUGACAGUAUGUCAAAUGGCCCGUUGCCUGGCGUCAUGAUUUGAUGACCUCUACUCCCUACACACACACGCACACAGCGCGCGGUGAAUGAAACGAAACGAGUUCAAAUUUACCUCAGACUGCUGGGAAUACCUGAAAGGACACAUCACGAAGCAGCCCUUUCAGCCUGACCUUCCGUUCUGGGAAGAACCGAGGUACUCCGUCAAGCUAGCACUCCUAGUUCAUCAUGAUAGAUUAAAGUACGCCAAAUUUAUUUUAGUUAGUAAUGCUCCAGUGUCAACGCCGGUUCCUCGGGUUUUACCUAAUCAGCCAGGAUUCCAAAUACCUCCACAAAUUUCCACAUUUUAGGGGAUUUCCCCUGCCUACUGAAUGCCCUCCUGGACAAUUAAUUUUGCCUGAACAUGUGUGCGGAAUGCUGUGAAAUGCUAUCAUUAUUUCGUUUGUGUGUGUGUGAUCAGCUUGCUACUGCCAAGUCUUUUCCAUUUGCCACCGGCUUAUUGUACGCCGAUAUACGAAGGAAGCCUAAUCCAUGCAUUCAGACUCGAUUGAUGGCCUGGUGGUCUGGGACCUGGAGGAAGAAAUUGCCUCGGAGGACGGGUCGGGGAAAGGUGGUCACAUUAUGGGCGGCUCCUCCGGUUCGGUAGACGCCUGGCCAGACAGCCGUCGUCUUCCGUUGCAGGCUGUCUAUGGUAGAGCGUACAUGCGGGAUAGUUGGCCUGCCUACGUUGAGACGAGAGAGAUGCGACGUAUGGGUCCUGCCGAUCUCAGCUGCCUGCCGCAGCGUCUCCUCCGGAUGCCCCUACUGCAUAUUGCAUCACGGCUCUCUAUGGCAGGACAACACCAGGAUGCCAACAGCCAAUCAACUGAAUCGGCUCUCCUCGCCUGUUCGGGCUGCUGUUCAACCCUCUGGCCCGCCAGGUCCGAAGCGGAGCAGAAGGCUAGCUGGCAGCUGCCACACAAGUUGCAUGCUGACUUCUUUCAGUCCUCUGUCGAAAACUUUAUUCUCAAAUCUAUUCAUUAA